CAGGGGGAGGGGGCGGCGGCGGCGGCGGCGGCGUGAGUCAGACGGGCAGGCGGGCAGUCCGUCAGACCGUCCGCUCGUCAGCUCGUUGGUGGGUCGGUGGGUCGGUCCGUCGGCCCGUCCUCACGUAGCCCGCCGCGAUUCGCAGCCUCGAGCUUCCCCGCGGGGCGGGCGCUGCCGCCGCCGGGGAGGGGGCGUGUGUCGUGUGUGCGUGAGAGAGGGCUCUGCGGCCGGAGCCUCCCUUCUCCGCACUCCCCACCCAGCUGCCCGCCGGCCGGUCACGCAGCCCGCGGGGCGGGAGUAGCAGCGGCUGCAGCAGAAGCCGGCAGCCCGGUCCGGCCCGGCCCGGCCGCCGCAGCGAUGGAGCAGUUAUCAGAUGAAGAACUUGACCAUGGUGCUGAAGAAGACAGUGACAAAGAAGAUCAGGAUCUGGACAAAAUGUUUGGGGCUUGGCUUGGGGAGCUAGACAAACUUACACAGAGUUUGGAUACUGACAAGCCAACAGAACCAGUAAAAAGAUCUCCUCUUCGCCAGGAAACAAACAUUGCCAAUUUUUCUUAUCGCUUCUCGAUGUACAAUUUGAAUGAAGCCCUGAAUCAGGGAGAAACUGUGGAUUUGGAUGCUUUGAUGGCUGAUCUUUGCUCUAUAGAGCAGGAACUCAGUAGCAUUGGGUCUGGAAACAGUAAGCGUUCAACCACAGAAACAAAAGCUGCUCUGAAAUUACCUGCUAGCCGACAUACCUUGAAACAUGGCACCCUGAAAGGAUUGUCCUCUUCAUCUAAUAGGAUAACUAAGCCUUCACCUGCCAACUAUUCCUUGGAUGAUAUUACUGCACAAUUAGAACAGGCUUCUCUCAGCAUGGAUGAAGCUGCUCAGCAGUCAGUAAUGGAAGAUGCCAAACCUACGGUAAUUAAUCAGCACCGGAGAACAGCAUCAGCAGGUACAGUGAGUGACGCUGAAGGACGCUCUAUUAGCAAUUCAUCUCGUUCGAGCAUCACUUCUGCAGCUUCCAGUAUGGAUUCUUUAGACAUUGAUAAGAUGACACGUCCUCAAGAAUUAGAUCUGACACAUCAGGGGCAACCUGUUACUGAGCAUUUUAGUUCUGUGGGAUGUCCCAGCAAGCAGGCCAAGUAUCAUAUUGACUUCACGGAAGAAGAGACUGAGCUAACUCCUCACUCCUAUCUGGACAGGGAAACCUCCCUCCUUCUGAGAAACAUUGCAGGAAAACCUUCUCAUUUGCUGACCAAGGAAGAACAGGCAGCCAAGGUAAAGGCAGAGAAGAUCCGAGUGGCCCUGGAGAAGAUUAAGGAAGCCCAAGUGAAGAAGCUUGUAAUUAGAGUCCACAUGUCUGAUGACAGCUCCAAAACAAUGAUGGUAGACGAGAGGCAGACAGUGAGACAAGUACUGGAUAACCUGAUGGACAAGUCACACUGUGGCUAUAGCUUAGACUGGUCACUAGUAGAAACCAUCUCCGAAUUACAAAUGGAGAGAAUCUUUGAAGAUCAUGAAAACUUAGUUGAAAAUCUCCUAAACUGGACAAGAGAUAGUCAAAACAAGCUUGUAUUUGUGGAACGUAUAGAAAAAUAUGCACUUUUCAAAAACCCCCAGAACUAUCUUCUGGGAAAAAAGGAAACAUCUGAGAUGGCAGACAGAAAUAAAGAAGUGCUGCUGGAGGAGUGUUUUUGUGGGAGUUCUGUGACAGUCCCAGAACUCGAAGGAGUACUGUGGCUGAAAGAUGACGGCAGGAAGUCCUGGAAAAAACGCUAUUUUCUCCUGCGAGCUUCUGGUAUUUACUAUGUUCCUAAAGGAAAAGCAAAGGUUUCUCGGGAUCUUGUAUGCUUUCUUCAGCUGGACCACGUCAAUGUUUACUAUGGACAAGAUUAUCGGAACAAAUACAAAGCACCUACAGACUAUUGCUUAGUCCUGAAGCACCCACAGAUCCAAAAGAAGUCUCAGUAUAUCAAGUAUCUUUGUUGUGACGACGUUAGAACUCUGCACCAGUGGGUAAACGGCAUCCGGAUUGCAAAGUAUGGAAAACAGCUCUACCUGAAUUAUCAGGAAGCCCUGAAGAGAACAGAGUCAGCCUAUGACUGGACCUCCUUGUCUAGUUCCAGUAUCAAAUCUGGAUCAAGUUCUUCUAGCAUACCAGAAUCUCAGUCAAAUCACUCUAAUCAGUCUGAUAGUGGAGUUUCUGACACCCAGCCAACAGGCCAUAUUCGCUCCCAAAGUAUCGUGAGCUCUAUCUUUUCAGAAGCUUGGAAACGAGGGACUCAGUUGGAAGAGUCCAGCAAGGCCAGAAUGGAGUCUUUGAACCGACCUUACACUUCACUUAUGCCCCCUUUAUCCCCACAAACUAAGACAGUUGCUCCCUAUACUGCUUCACAGCCAUCCCCACCUCUUCCUCCCCCUCCCCCUCCUCCCCCACCACCUCCCCCACCCCCACCUCCCCCUCCACCCCCUCUCCCCAGCCAGGCUGCACCUUCUUCAGCCUCCGCAGCCACGAUGUUUGUCAAGUACAGUACAAUAACCAGGCUGCAGAAUGCUUCCCAGCAUUCAGGACCUCUCUUUAAGCCCCCACCACCCCUGGUGACACAGCAAAUGUCAACGGCCUCACAGUCAGGAAAGCCUCAGCUGCUGGUGCCUCCUAAUGGGGUGGUUCCACCGCCCCCCCCUCCGCCCCCCCCUCCCACCCCAGGAUCAGCUAUGGCUCAGCUCAAACCAGCCCCAUGUGCCCCAUCGGUUCCUCAGUUCAACCCCCCGCCUCCACCUCUGAAAAUCCAUCAAGUCCAGCAGAAUGUUGUCCAGGCUACUCCUCCUGCUCCCCCACCCCCACCUCCUGUCCCUGCACCCCCACCUCCUCAAGCCCCUCCCAAACCCCUGGUGACUCCCCCACCAACCAGUACCAAAACGGCAUCCAUAGCACCCCCAUUCUCUGUUCCUGCCCCUCCAGCUCCCCCAGCAAAGAAGCAGCCAGUUUUUCCCAUUUCCCAGAUUCCACAGUCUCCUCCGGCUCUUCCUGGUCCAGUUCCCCCACCCACAUUACCCAAACAGAGCUUCUGUGUAAAGCCCCCUCCUUCUCCACAGUCUCCAGUGCCCUCUGUUGUGAAGCAGAUAGCCAGCCAGUUCCCAGCUGCCCCCACCCCUCCUCCAUCAGAGCCUCCACCCUCAAAGCCUGUGCCAUUGAGUGUGACGCCACAGUCUCCCCCUGCUGUGAAAGCCAAGCCUAAGUGGCAGCCCAGCUCUGUGCCGUCCCCCGACUUUCCUCCACCUCCACCUGAAAGCAUCCUUGUCUUUCCACCUCCGCCAGCAGCAACACCAGGGGUCUCUCCCACCCCUGACAAAAUGGGAUCUCCAGUCAAAAAGAGCAGCAAGACUUCUAGUCCAGGGGGAAAGAAACCACCCCCAACACCCCAGAGAAACUCCAGCAUCAAAUCGAGCAGCUGUGCAGAAUAUCAAGAGUCUAAAAGACCUUCGGUUGACAGCCUUGUUAGCAAAUUUGCACCUCCAUCAGAACCUUCAGGGUCUCCCAACAAGGAGACUCCACCACCUCCUGCAGCUCCACCAAAACCUGGAAAACUCAAUCUCUCUGGAGUCAGUCUACCCAGAGUUCUCCAACAAGGAGGCAUUUCAGCAAAAGUACCCGCUAUGAGUGGACCUGGUAAGGACUCAGUGGUCGAAUUUCCUUCUCCUCCUUCAGAUUCUGACUUUCCACCUCCUCCACCUGAGAUAGAGCUUCCUCUGCCACCAGUAGAGAUUCCAUCAGUAUUUUCAGGAAACACACCUCCGAAAGUGGCCGUCGUUAACCCUCAGCCACAGCCAUGGUCUAAAACAUCAGUGAAGAAAGCCCCUCCACCCACGAGGCCCAAACGGAAUGAUAGCACCCGCCUCACACAAGUGGAAACCACAGAGCAGCAGGUGACUGCCACAGUCAUUCCACAAGUGCCCACUUCUCCCAAGUCCAGCCUCAGUGUCCAGCCAGGAUUCCUGGCUGACCUCAAUAGGACACUGCAACGGAAGUCCAUCACCAGGCAUGGCUCCCUCUCUUCUUCCCGGAUAUCCAGAGCAGAGCCAACUGCCACCAUGGAUGAUAUGGCAUUACCGCCUCCACCCCCUGAACUGCUGUCUGAUCAACAGAAGGCUGGCUAUGGAGGUAGUCAUAUCUCAGGCUAUGCAACAUUGCGGAGGGGGCCGCCUCCUGCUCCCCCCAAAAGGGACCAGAACACCAAGCUCUCUAGAGACUGGUAGCCACUAUAGAAUUCUGGAUAAUUCUUCAAUCAGUUCAUCUAACCUGUAAAUUGGGGUGUUCAGCACCUCCUUGUGUGAUAGAUAAUGUGAUCAAAAUGGUAUUCAGCUGUAGCUAAGAGUAACUGUAUACAUUCCCCUCAUCCCCCAUACUUAGUCCAAAAAUGGGUUGUGUGUGUUUUGGGUGGGGGGUGUGGAGGGGAUGUGUGUGUGUCUUAUCCCUUGAUGUUCCUUUUUUUCUUCCACAUGGAUUGGACCAAAAACCUUUCUUACUUUUCUGCAUUUGAGGUAUUUUGUAGUGUCUGUCCCUGUGCAAUGAGACUCCGUGCAUGUUUUAUAAUAUAUAUUGAGUAGAUUUAUGAUGGGACAUUUCUCACAAUUAUAAAAGACAAGCAGAAUGUUUGGUCUAUCUAGAUUGUGUGAGUCUUCACCAUCAAGCAUAGCAAGGGGGGCAUUGUAAGCCAGGUAAAGAAGCCUAACAUCUCGAGAAUGAUAAUGGUUCCAUGAGGGUUUGUGUGACCAGCUGCUUAGAAUGUAGACAUGAUACAACCAAAACGUUUUGGCUGUCAAAACUCAAAGACAGGAGAUCGUAUUUGGUGAUCUGGAGUAAAAGAAAUUUCUGCCACAAGUAGCUGCCUAUGUGGCAUUCUGUCCCUGAGAAGAUAUGCGAUAAGUCACCUGUUGAUAAGCUUUGUUCAUUUUACUGUUAAGUAGGAGGACCAUUUCAGUCCCUUCCUUGAGUUUCAUGAAGCUUUAGAUCAAGUUUGGCUCCAUGUUUCUUUGUUUUGAUUCAUUAGGAUAUUCAUGAUAUUCAUACCAACCUUCUAAUGAUGUUGACAUGUUCCAGGAUACCAGUUGUCCUGUAGACUGUGUGUUCUGUGUAGUUGUAUGUAAUACAUAUCUCUACAUGAUGUGCAUAGAAUCAUACAAAUACAUCGCUGCCCAAAACAACAUCUCCAGGGAGAAUAAAUACCUCAUACGUUUCUGCUGCUCUCCUGAGUAGGAGGAGAGGGGUCAUCAUAGGAAAGUUAAUUUAAGCUUCUAAUUCUUUGUCCUUUCUGGCAUUAAUGAAUGCAUAAAUCCACAAACACAUCUGUAUCUUCUAUGGAACUUGAGAAUAUCAUUAGACUUCAAGAGGGAGAAAAACACACAUCAGAAUCUUGGCUAUAAAUGUGAAGGCUUGUCCAGCUACCAGAUAGUGAUUGGAAUAUCAAAUUAUGAAUACCUGAUAUUGAUCACCUGUUGUGCCUGUGCAGCACAGCAUGAAAUCAUAGUGGAAUGGCUCCAGAUCUAGUGGUGUUUUCCAAGUUUAACAUUGUUCCAUGUCAGUUUUUAUUGGGGGGGGGCAGGAAGGAGGAAGAGAGGAAUCCUGUCCUGUCACCCCGAUCUUGGGGAGCAGGAGUAGCUGCUUUACACAGAAUACCAUAUGCCUGCCCAACAAGCAUAAGCAAAUCAAUAUCAAUGAAGAAAAGAUAUUCAUAUUUGUAAAGAUGAAAAUAACAAGAAUGUGACCCUAAGGAAGAAAGAAUCCAAAUACUAGUUUUCUUUUGGGCAUAAGAUUGAGCAAGUUUCACAAAAAAAUUUUAGUGUAAUAACAUCCCCCCCCCCUUAGAAAGCAGUGCCCUAAAGAGAGUAAAAGUGAAAUGAAAGUAGCACCUCCAUUAUCACAUCACCCUUCUCCUGGGUUAAUAUAGUUUGAGCAAUAAGACCAUUGUGCAUUUUAAAGCAAUGAUACUUUUAAAAGCCCCCCCCUUUUUUUUUGUAUUUUCAAUUGUUCACAAAAUUUCCUGUGUUUAACACUUAUGUGCUUAUGAAGUGUCCUUAAAAGCAUUUGCAUUGUUGAUUCUGAAGCAUGCCCUGGUUUAGCCAGCUAACACCGCCUUCUAGAAGGUUAAAUUAUGUUAUCGUCCAUGGGUGCUGCUGUCAUUUUUCACAGCCUUCUACCUGCAGUUUUGUAUCGUAAGGAACCCACCCUACUCAGCUCUUCUCAGGUGGAGGAAGAACAGGAAUCCAAAUAUCUCUGUUUAGUGCUGGGGUUAGCUGUGAUGUCAGGCUUUUGUGAAGUUGGACAGAGGACGGUUUUUUCCCUUUGAAAAAUCAGAUCUCUUCUUUCGGUUUGGACAAGACUCUAAGAAAUAAUAUUCAUUCAUCAUUCCUGUUACAUUCAUUGGGAUUCCCAACUUUUUCUGCCUUCAACACUAGCCAAUAAUUGUCACUCAUUUUCCCUUGAGACCAAGGGCCCUUUGAAUGAAUACUGAUGGAAGUUUUUGGAGGCAGAAAUGAUGCUCUAGACCUUUGGUAAGAACACACUGAAGCUAGGAAUUAGAAUUUUUUUUAAAGCUUUGACAGUCUUGGUUGAACUAUAUAGCCAUUUCUGUCUUUGAGGAAAAAUAUAACACAAACUAUCAACUUAAAGCUUAAGUGUUUUCUUAUUUGGAUGCAGGAAACAACUGAAUUACAAACCAAAAUUAAAGUUAAUACGCUUUGAGGGUUUGGAUUAUUUUUCUAGGUUUUGUUUUAGUUUUGUUUGGGGGGUUUUUCGUUUGGUUGGUUUUUGCUGCUGAUUUUUUAAACCAUUUUUUCCUCAAGGGGCUUUUGGAGGAAGAUUGGGGGUUCUUUAAAAAAAACACCUCAAACCUUUGAUUUUGGGUAUUUUUGUAGCCUUUCCUUUUUCUCUGUAGGUUCAGGGAAAUAUCUACUGCCAGAUGACACUAGUACUGUGCCUUCCUUUCACUGCCUCUGCUAACAGUUCCAAUCCAGCACCCUUUUUCCAGACAAGGAGAGAAAGCUGGAAAUCUGGCUUGGCAGCACUGACUCCCAGGACCUCAAACAGUUCAGCUUUAAAUUACUGCUUUAGAAGGCAGUGCAAACUGGUGGUUAUUACAUGUACUAACCUGCUUAUCACCUACAAACUGUACCAUCUAGUUUGAAGUACAGCAGGAUCAAUUCUCUCUGGUAAUAAUGUAACUUAUGUGUUGUUUUUUGAUUUUGUUUUUGUUUUUUACUUAAGCAUGUUAAUGUAAACAUUAAAAUAUUCAAAAGAUACCAUGGGAUCUGGUCUUGGAAAUUGGCAUCACAUUUUUUUUUGCCAGUGUCUUUUGGUCAAUGGAGGGAAAUAAUCUGGUUUCUCUAUUCUCUCUAUUUGAGACAAGUAGAUUCUAAGGUUGCAGUAGUUUGCUAAUUAGAGCAUAAUUUGCAAGUUGUUGCUUUGUUUUUUUAAGUGGGAAAAAUAAGUCUGAAAAAGAUUACUGGGAAAAAGAAAAUGUCAAGCUAUGCCUUACAUUGAUACUUGAUUAUUCUUAAAAUUCCUUGUGCAUUUUUAGCUGUCUUUAACUUUGACUCCCUUCCUAGGAGUACAUUUGCUGAAAACCAGGUUAUGAUUCAAACUUGAAAAUACUCCUUAGUGAGGUUAUUUUUUCAUUCAAAACAAUAUUAUACCCAGAAUGGAUCUGUUUGUUAUCCACAAUGAGCUCUUACCAAAUAAAUGUGCAAGAAAUAUUUAGGGAAAAUGAUAUUUAUUAUAUACUGCAAGGAAGUCGGGGACCCAAGGUAGCAACACUAAGCAUGUUCUUCCUCCUUGUGAUUGACUGCAACUGCUACAACCUACUAUAUGUAUAUAAAUACCUUCCAUUACAUAAGUACAAAUGCAGCAGAUAUGUUAUAGAUUAGUUUUCCCUGCCGAAGAAUGAGUGAGGGGAAAGGCCUUUUCCAAAAGCUCUGGCCAAAUCGUACUAGGUUCCUGAGAGAGUUUUUCCCACCUGUCCUUGGUGCACUAUUCCCCCUAGCUACCACUCCACACCCCCAAAAAACAACUGAGAUAAUUUCCUUUCCUGGUUUGCCCCUCUCAUUUAUUUUAAAAUUUAAUCAGUGUUUGAUUAUAGCAAGUAAAUCAUCCUAUGAACCUCUACAAUGCAUCUCUGCCUCUAAUGCAACAACACAAAAGAUGAGAAGGCACUGAUUUAACAACUUUCUGACGAGCAAGAAGGAUCCACUUGAGACUGGGCCCAAAGAACAAAUAAAAUGAAAACAAAUGUCUUCCAUUAGAAAUGGACAGUAAUCCUUUAGGAUACAUCUUUCUCUGAACUCUGAAGAGAAAACAAGCAUUUGGAUUUUCAUUCACCCAAACAGUAUGCCAUGUUCAGUACAUGGCUGCCUAUUAGCAUGUAAGAAAUUUAAAUUUGUGUCUAUAUAACCGAGUAUAAAAAUAAUUACAUUACAUAAUAAUUACAUCUAAAGAAAAGCAAUGAUAUUAUUCACACCGAAAUGUAAAGAAAAAAGAUCUUACUUUGAGUUUCAUGGAUGAAGUAGUAUGCCAAAAUACUAACAAGAGGAACAACAUUCUAGAUAUCAGUUAUGUAAAUUAAUCCAUGAUGGCUGAUGAAAGGAGGGAAUAACAAAGAAUAACAUGGCUAUUUCACUAGUUAUAAACAUUCCCCAAAAAUGGAAUGACUUCAGUCAUGAGUAUGUUGUAAGUGAGUUCAGGGCUGUCUACCAAAGAUGUAUUAAGUGUUAGGAAAGGCAAGUAAAAGGUAAAAGUAUUGCAUCUGGAAAAGAUGAUCAGCACAGAGGAAUAAAACAUACUUUGUGAAAAUGAACAUCUGAACGUUCUAACUAAUUUGUAACUGAAUCUAUUCGCUCCUCUUAAGAUAUUUGAUUUUAAAGAAAACCACAGUUCAAUUUAAAUUUCCUCCUAUUUUUCUAACCUGAUUAGAGGACUGGCAUUUGGAAUAGUUUAACAUAUUUGUAAACUCACAUUUCAAUCAUAAUUCCCCCAAAUUAUUUUUAUCUCUUAAAAAAUAUCCUUAAGAAACAAGCAUUUAAGUGGAUUAUUUCCCAUGGUUUUUGUAGCUUCAUUUUGUUAAGUCAGUGGAUUUCUGGACAGAGAUGCACAUUGUCAUUAGUCUGUGCAAAAGUGUGUACUAGAUGUAAAUACAUUCAUGUUUACCGCUUUUUAAAGAAAUUGCACCUUUUAUCUUUAAAUGGGAUUGCCUCCCCCAUUUCCUACUCCUCCCUCACCCCGACCCCUUAAUCCAUAUUUUGGGGGGUAGGCUCUUAGAAACUCUGACUUCUACAGUUUGGGAGAGCUUUGCCAUAUAUAAAUAUAUAUAUAUAAAUAUAUAUGUAUGUAUAAAUAUACUUUUUUAAGCAUGGGAGAGAGGACAAAAGGAACUGCAUUAUAAAGUACCCAAUAUACAAAAGAAUAUGCACAAUUCAAUAAGGAUGUAGUUAAAGUCAAUAUUUUUUUGUCUUGUCUUUUGCAUAACUGUAUGCUCUUAUUUCAUAAUGUGCCUUGCUCCCUGAUUGUGUGAAAAUAUAGAGAGAUAUAUUCAGUACUACUGACCAUGUUUUCAUUAUACUGCUGGAUUAAGUUAUUUUACUGAGUCACUCUCUUGCCAAUUAUUGUUAGUAAACUAUUGUAAUGGCUUAGGAUGGUGGUCAUGAGGUCAGUGUAAAUUUUUUUUCAUUUACAUUUCCAUUAUGUAAGUUUACUGAAACCUUAAUAAAAUAUUGGCUUAAUCUA